GUCGAAACACGCGAUACAUUUGUGUUUUUGGCGGCCAUCGUAUUAUGAUAUUUUAAAUUCAUUCGUCCAUUUUGUCCGAUAAUUAAUUGGAUAAACCGGAUGCACUUUUAGAACUUGGAAGAUGAAUAUAUUUAUACGAAACUGGUUUCUGGUUGCACUUUUCGUUUUACCGCUCGAGAUUAUCGAAAUGGGAAAUGGUUACAAACUGAUUAGACCGUACAAGUACUAUCAACCUAGACCAUUGCGGUGGUCUGGAUGGUGGCACACGGAUCACAAAUCAUCCAAGUUCUACCGUUCUAAGAGGAUAUCGCCGGAAGACUAUUACUCCCGCAAACCAAUCUAUAAUAGAUAUGGUUCGGCGAGAGACGAUUUUGACGGACGUACCGAAAAUUAUCCCUGCAUCAUCGUGAUACAAUUGUCUAAAGGGAGAAACGAAUACGAAGACGAUAAAAGAAACAAGAAAUACGAAAGAAUUCCUAUAUACACCAGUGAAAGUGAUUACAUCGAGGAUAACGACGAAUCAAAGAUGUUGGACGUUAAUAACAGAAACGUGCAAAUACAGAUGAUCAAAAGCGAAAAUCCAAAAUUGCAUAUCAAAAUAUCAAGAUCGGAUAACGAAAAAGGUAUUAAAAUUAUGGAUAAAUUGAAUAUCAGUGUACAAGAUCAUUAUUGACAAAUAUAUAUACGAAUUUAACAUUUGCAUAACAAUAGAAUAACAUUGAAUUUCUAUAUCUUAUUUGAAAAAUUUUUAAUGAGAAUGAAUAUUCUAGUGAUUGAAUUGACAAUUGCUUAGAAAAAAAUUCUUUUAAGAAAUCUCCCUUGAUCAAAUCUCAGAAGAAUUAUAAGGAUUAAAAAUUUAUAAUUAAAUAUUUUUAGAAAUUAUUAUUAUUUCGUACUUUUGUAUUUAUUAUGUCGUAUUAUAAUUAUUAUAAAAUCAAUCAUUACUUGACUUAAUUGUAAAUGAUAAUAUAUAUUCCGUAUUUAAAAUAUAAAAAUUAAUGUAAUGAAUUUUCUCGUUGUAUUAAUCGUUUCUGGAAUAAAAUAAUAAACUCGUGUUAAAAUA